AUGAAUCAAAAUGAACCCACAAUAGACCGAUUUUCUACUAAGAGGAAGCGCGGUCGACCUUCUAAGAAAGAUCUACUUACUCGCACCAAUAAUAUAAGACUUCCACUUGCUCCUCGCAUUUCUCACUCCAACACUAACUCUCACGCUCACGCUCACGCUCAUGCUCAUGCUCACGCUCAAGCUCACGCUCAAGCUCACGCUCAAGCUCAAGCUCACCCCCACGUUCGUCCUCGCCCAUACUCAUAUACUCCUGCAUAUAUGCCAUUGUUGGCACCAAUGCCUUUACCGAUAUCUAACCCUAUAUCCACUCCAUUACCUGCUCCACCACCACCACCUCCACUACGUAUUAUUGAACAUAUUCCUCCUCGUCAAGUCGAAACUCCUAGAACUCAUAGUGAACAUACAUUAGCACCUCCAGAAACGUCCUCUGAAGUCAUGCAAUUACUCAGGGAUUUGAAUACAAAAAUCGAGACGCUUGAAUCAGAAGUAAAAAGAUUAACAAAAAGCAACAAAAAGCUGACGGCAGAAUUCAGAACUCUCAAGGAGGCAUCAAAAGAUGUGUCGGCUUUAACUUCUGUUCAGAAAGAACGUAUCAGUGGUGAAUUAAAUGAGCUAUUUUGCUCGGAAAGUUCUACGUUCUCAAUUACAUCUGCUAUGCGCUUAGAUGUCUUGGAGAAAUUUGGGCUCCAGGACAAUGGUCCUUUAAAACGUCUUGGUCUUUCAUACAUAUCAGAAGAAUGGUCCAUGCUAAGAAGUUUAGCAAAAAGACGAGUUCUUGGGGGAAUAUCUUACGAAAAAUGGGCUGGGAGGUCUUGCAAAGAAGUUGCAUCCCAGUGGUUUAAGGUGGAAAAAGGCUCAAAACCCAUCCUUGAUGCAAAAGUGGCCAUUCUACGUAGUGUGUUUACAGGACUUCCAACGAGCAAGUCUAGUGGGUCUAUAAGAGACAGGACUGCAGCCUGGGGUCUUGUUUCUGCUAAAAUUCAAGAAGAUCUCGUGGACGCUAAUCCUUCCUUGCUGCUUGCAAAUUGCAAAUUGUGGAUAGCAAAAGACAAGGAGUAUUUAUCUUCUAUGGGUGUUAACCAAGGAGCAAAAGGAGAAAGUGAUAGUGAGAUAUCUUCUAGCAGCUCUUCACCCGAAAGUGAAAUCAGCUACAAUAGCUAG